GUGUUGUGCCAUGUUCAAGAAGAGGCCCAAGUCAGGAGUUGAACCCAAGUCAGUGGAGUAUCUGAGGGUAGAAGCUCAUCUUUCUCCCAUCAUCUCAGUCCUGAAGACAAACAAGUCUGCCAGAGACAGCUUGGCCAUGGCUCUCCACAACCAACAGUGGAUCCACUUGGGUGAUGAGCUAUCACCUAAGGAACUGAUGAAAGCAGUGUUGAGCAGAAUAGAGGGGGAUGCUAGAGAGUACAAUGUGUUCAUGCAUAUUCUCAGAAACACGGUGGGACUGGAGUCCAUAGCAAUAAGGAUACAACAGACACACGCUAUGUCAGGGAUUGGUCCUGUGAACUAUGGAUCUACCGAAGAGAGACAUAGUGAACAAUAUGAUCAUAGACCCGGUGUGGUAUCUGGCCAGAGCUACUACCAGGGAAACUUGCAUGAAGAAGUUCUCCAGAAGGAAAGAGAAGCUCAACAGCUCUCCGAUAUUGAAAGGGACCUCCGUGAUAUUAAAGACAUAUUUACAGACUUACAUAGUAUGACACGUUCAAUGGGAGAGGAAUUAGUCACAGCCAGCUCUGUUCACACCACUCUACCAGCUAAUAGACAAUAAGAAGGAGUUUUCUUUUACCGACCUCGAAGAAGGUGCUGUAGGCCUGCCAUCUGCCUCGUCCUGUGGAUCUCUGCUGCAA